AAGAAUAAGCAUCCAUCGAGUAGCACCUGCAUGCAUGCGCGCAUGGAGCAGAGUGCUCAGCUUCUGACGCCAACACUGUCAAGGCCCAAGCUCACCACCAACGCCGACGAGCUCCCCGAAGCUGUCGUCCUCGAGGAUGAGGGCGCCGCCAUGGCCGGCUUCGUGGGCCUCCUCCGCCAGCUCGGGGACCUCGCACAGCUUGCCGCGGAGGUGUUCGACGGCCUGCACGAACAGGCCACGGCGGUGUCCGCUCGGGCGCGCGGCCUCACGCUGGGGACGCGGCGGCUCGAGGCGGAGCUGACGCUCGUCGAGGAGCGGCUCCGCCGUCGUCGGAGUGCACGGCCCUGCUUCGUGCAGCAGCAGGACGUCGCCGUUGCCUGCAGCAAUUCAGUCUUCUCUUCAGGCAUUCGGUCAGAAGGCUUGUGUCGUGUGGCAGGCCACGGCGUGCACCGGCGCCGCGCAAGUGCCAGGCCGGUGAACCACGGCGUGAUUGUGGUGGGAGGAACGAAGCCUCGUUCCAUCGCGGAGCACAUCCGGCGAUGCCGCGGGCCUCCGCAGCUGUCCAUGCUUGACAAGUAUGAUGCCGGCGGCGAGGGGGCGUGCCUGAAGCGAUACACGGACCCGUCCUUCUUCAGAGCCCAGUCUGCCAAGCAUGAGCUUUUCUUGCAGGAAACCAAACCAAAGCUUCAGAGUUCACACAAAUGCUCCAAAUUCAAAACAGAUGCCUUGCUCGAUAUGCUCCGGCAACUGAAAUAUCGACACAUCAUCGGAAGAAUCAGGCGUCAAAUGCACAGCUCUCACAAUCAGGAUUCGCCAGAAGAUGAAGCAUCCGAAGCACACGUUUUGUCUCCAUCGGAUUCGCCUGAAACGUCAAAUACCAAAGUGCCAUGCCCUUCGGUACCAGUGAACAAGGAGAGAAGCAGUGACCUCGUGGAGAGGACAAGUUCGUUCAGGGCAUGGCUCUCUCCGGAUGCAGCUUCUACUCAUGCGUCUGACAUCAUACAAGAAACCAAUGCUGAUGGAUUUGCCAGCCAUGGCGCAAACAAGGCCGAUGACAAUGCCAACAUUGCGACAAAUGCUCGUAGCGCCCUUAUCAACUUCAUCGCGUCAAGGGUCGAAAGCUCGCCGAGGAAGCUCUCUGUCAGGAAGCAUAGUGAUCCUUUAACGGAAUCCUUCCGGAACAUGGCUAAGAAGGUGCUGCUUGAGAAUGAAUCAGCACAUUCGUCACAACGAACUAGUGAAUUCUGAAGACAUGCCAGAUCCAGAUGAAGUUGCAUUUUACAGCAAAAGCGCCGAGGAGACUUAACAAGAGGCGACCUCGGAGCAAUGUGACGAUCCUUGUGAAUAACCUUCCACCUGCUAGCGUCGAUGAAGAAGCAAGCGGCGGCAUAAGUGAUCAAAACCCAAAAGGGACUAAUCUGCAUAUGUUGGAUACCAGUCCGCUAUUGAGUUGUGAUGCUUCUGUGCCGGACAGUGAACAGUACCAUUUACAUGUACUGUUGUUGCUGCCUAUUCCUCCGAUGUAAUGACUAUUUUUUUCCCGAAGAAUCGGCCUUCAGGCCCCGCUUUAUAUAGAAAGCGCAAGUGUC